AUGAUAUCAUUACAGUUAAGGAUUUUAACCCUCACAUUUCUUUUGACUGAAUGGACGGUGAUGGCUCAGCUAGAAGACUGCAGGUCUGCAGAGGCCGCCGACAUUGUAUUCCUUGUAGAUGAGUCUUGGAGCGUGGGAGAAGACAACUUUCAGAUUAUUAAAGACUUUAUUAGAAGUAUGAUUAGCUCAUUUCAGAAUACAGAGGCACUUGGGAAGGAAGGAAUGCGAUUUGGAGUUGCGGUUUAUGGAGAUUCCCCAAGGAUGAGCAUUGAAUUGUCAGAUUAUGAAACUAUUCAAGAAGUAUUGUUGGCACUCCAAAGCGUUGCAUACAAAGGGGGAGACACAAAAACCGGCGAAGCCCUUGCCUUUUUGGCAGAUCGAGUAUUUAACCCAUCCAUUUCCAGAGAAGAUGUACCAAAGAUUGUUUUACUACUCACUGAUGGUAAAUCUGGAGAUGUGGUAGAAGAGAAAGCCCAACGAUUGCAGGAUAAAGGAGUAACAUUAUUUGCUAUAGGUAUAAAGGAUGCUGACCAAAGGGAGUUAAUGAAAAUUGCAUCUUACCCCAGUGAAGAACAUGUCAUUAUUGUUAAGGACUAUUGGUCUCUCUUUGAGAUGCUACCUCGGAUUUCAAGAAAAGUCUGCUUCACUGCCUCAGAGCCUCCAAGGCCAAUCAAACAGUUCGUAGAAAGUGCAAAAAUGAUUGGCCCACGAGAUUUGAUAGUAAGCGAACAGGAUUAUAAUUCAAUGCGUGUUACAUGGAGCCCAGCCACAGGUGAUGUAACAGGCUACCAAGUCAUUUUGAAUUCUCUGACAUCUUCUGGCCGCCUUAAUACAAAUGAUCAAAGACAGAUUACUCUGGACAGUAACAAGCACACAGUGUUUAUAACCGAUCUGAAGCCAUCUACUGAAUAUUUAUUCACUGUACUGGCCACAUAUCCAAAUGUCAUUGGAGAUUCGACAACAGUUAGAGGGAAGACAACUCCGGUGCCUCCAGUAACUAAUUUCCGUAUAAUAGAAGAGAGACUUUUUGGCUUAAAGGUGGCCUGGACUCUUCCUUUGGGAAAACUUGAUGGUUACAAAAUUUAUAUUCCAAGAUCUAACAGACCUGGAUUUACAUAUGAACACAUUUUAAAUGGAGACGUCUCAUCACACAUUAUUGAUAACUUAGAGGAGGAUAAAGAAUACACUGUUAGCAUCUACGCCGUUUAUCCUGAAGGACCUAGCCAACCGGUGUCAGCAGUGGGCCGUACAUUGAAGUUGCUUUCUGUCAAAAAUUUGACACUACAGAAUAUCACAACAGGAACUAUUCGAGCACACUGGACUCCGGUUCAGGGAGCCACAGGCUAUCGACUUACUUGGUCAUCUGCAGAGGGAUUUAAUCAAAAUGUCAACCUGGCAGAUAGUUACUCUCAGUACCUGAUUCAGGGACUGCAUCCUGACACUGAGUGUACAGUAACUAUCAAUCCGAUCUUUGUAGACACAGAGGGCCCUGUGGUUACCGCUAAAGCUACAACCUUGGCUUCAAGCUAUGUACAGAGUCUGAAAGUGAGUGCAGUGACUAUCAAUACAGCUGUGAUAUCAUGGAAUGCAGUACAGGGUGCUACAGGAUAUCGACUGGCAUGGGGCCCAACUCCAGAAUUUAUUGGCCAAGAUCGUCCAAGACAACUUGCACUGAAUAGCACGCUUUCUUCCUUUGAGCUAAAAAACCUGGUACACAACACCGAAUAUGUGAUCUCUUUAUAUGUACUCUUUGGCUCUACGGUGGGACCUGGAAUCUCAACAACUGUCCGAACCUCACCUCUUGGAUAUGUGUCUAACUUCAAGGUAACUGGAUACACCAGCACUUCCAUUUCUCUGGCCUGGAGUUCCACCAUUGGAGCUACUGAAUAUAAAGUGUCCUGGAGCCCUGCAACUUCAGGUUACUAUAAUACACCUAAAAGUCAGUACCUGGCUGCAAAUAUCCGGUCAUACCAUAUUACAAAUUUACAGCCAAACAACCGGUACAUUAUGAAUGUUCAGGCAGUUUACAGCAACACUGAAGGUCCACCAGCCACUCUGGUUCAAAGCACAGACUCCAAUCCUGUUCAGCUCCUUCCUGUUAAAGGCUUGCAGAUUAUUGAUACUGGAGUCAAUAACCUCAAACUAUCUUGGAAGAAAACACCUGGAAUAACACACUACAAAAUUUCAUGGGUGCCAUUUGAUGGUGGUGCUAGAAACUCAAAGAUUGUUAGCACAGACUCUUCAUUUUUUUCAAUACCUGACUUGAAAGAGAGCACUACUUACAAUAUUUAUGUAUCAUCUAUUGUUGGAAACCGAGAAGGAAGUCCUGUUCUUCUUACAGCAAAAACGUUAGACUUACCAAGAGUGGACUCACUUGAAGUAAAAGAAACAACAGGGGAGAGUGUGUUACUGAGUUGGUCUGGAGUCAACGGGGCAUCCUCAUAUCUUUUAACAUGGAGGUUAACUUCAGAGUCUGAUGCCUCCAUGGAACAACUGGCAGCAUCGUACAGAUCAUUCAGGCUCACUGGAUUACACUAUGGAAAAACCUAUGUUUUUGCAAUAAAACCAUUGUUUGGAGAAAUGGAAGGACCAGAGAAAACUAUAACUCAAGCUAUAUAUGGACCAGUGAAAAGACCAGCCAUUCCCAUCCCCACUGUUCAUGGACCUAGGAUAACGACAUCUAUUGAAAAGACAACCACGUCAACACCAGUUGAACGUCCUCCACUAACAUUACCACAAAUUUCCAGAUCUACCAGUUCUGCUGCCAGAGGAACUUCAGCGUCUGUUUCUGAGCCCAUCUGUGCAAAGUUAAAGGCUGAUAUAGUAUUGCUUGUGGAUGAGUCUUCCAGCAUUGGGCCUGGUAAUUUUAACAAGGUCAAAGAUUUUCUCUAUAGAAUAGUAUCAUAUUUUCCCAAAAUUGGACCCCAAGGGGCACAGAUUGCUAUUGUUCAAUACAGUGAAGAACCGAGAACAGAGUUUCACUUGAACCAACACAAGGAGAGGAAUUCUGUUUUGAAGGCCAUUAGAAACAUGCAAUAUUUUGGAGGCAACACCAAUACAGGUCGAGGCAUUGGACACGUUCUAAAGGAGAUGUUUCAAGUAUCUCAAGGAAUGAGGCCUUCAUCUCCUCAUGUGAUGGUGUUGGUGACUGAUGGACGAUCACAGGAUAAUGUGAUGCAGCCUUCAAGAGUGGCCCAUGCCUUAGGAAUCAGAAUGAUUGCUGUUGGAGUAGGAGCUGCAGAUAUGGAUGAGCUGCGGGCUGUAAUGAUGAACCGUAAUUUAGAGGACAUCUUUUUUGUCAGCUCCUUUGACGACUUUCCAACAAUUGUACAUGAGCUUAUAGAGGCGAUAUGUGCUGAAAGUGAAAAGCCAGUAAAAAUGCAGCCUGCAGAGUCUAUCAAGACAGAGACGGAAAAUGAAGAGAAACCUCCCAAGCAGCCAGUGGGACCAUGUACAUCAACAUGUUCAAAAGGUCAAAAGGGGGAACAGGGUGAAAAAGGACCUCCAGGACAGAAUAUUUUCACAGGUCUACAGACUGGGGGCCUGGACCUCUUCAACAUGAACUCAAAAGGAGAGAAAGGAGAACGGGGUCUACCUGGCCAAGACGGGGUUCCCGGCCUUCCAGGACGUCCUGGUAGAACAGGACCUCCAGGUCCACCAGGUUUGAUGGGUCAUAAAGGUUUCCAAGGAGAUACUGGAACUCAAGGUUACUCGGGACCUCCUGGACCAAAAGGGGACAGAGGGGAGCCUGGCUAUGUGUUGGGAGGAGUCGAUGGAUUGGCUGGGCUUGGUGGCAUUCCUGGAUACCCUGGCUCAAAGGGUCAUCCGGGUUCCCCUGGACUUCCAGGUCCUCCUGGUGUUCCAGGAUUUCCUGGGCCACAAGGACCCCCAGGAAUUUCCAUCAAGGGUGAACCGGGUGAAACAGGGACCCAGGGUCCCCGUGGAAAACCUGGAUUAAAAGGAGAUAAAGGAGAAGCGGGAGAAGCUGGGAGAGCUGGGUUGCCAGGUCCAAUAGGUCUUGAUGGUCUCCCAGGACUUCAAGGGAUAAAAGGAGAAAAGGGAGAUGCAGGAAUUGGUUUCCCCGGAAUACCUGGCUUAAAGGGAAUGUUAGGAGAAAAGGGAUCUAUGGGUCCUGCAGGACCUCCUGGACUAAAGGGUGAGCGGGGCUUUCAAGGAAUUGAAGGAGCAGCUGGUUUAAGGGGUAAGAAAGGUCAAGAUGGAGAAAAAGGUGAAAAGGGAGAGCGUGGUGAUAUUGGGCCCAUUGGACCUUCUGGAAGAUCUGGGCUUCCAGGGCCUACAGGACUAAAGGGAGACCAGGGGAUCCAAGGUUUUCCAGGCGCUCCAGCAAUGGGGGUAGUUGGACCAACUGGUAAGAAAGGUUCCAGGGGUGACACUGGACCCAUUGGUCCACCAGGCCCUAAAGGAUUCAUAGGAGACCAAGGAGCCAAAGGAGUUAAGGGAGAAGCAGGAUAUGGAAUCCCUGGUCAGCCGGGAUUAAAGGGAGACCCUGGGGAACGAGGUAACAUUGGGUUAUCUGGGAAGCCUGGUCCAAAAGGAGAAGGAGGUGACAAAGGACAAAAAGGUGAACCUGGAACUUCUUUGACUUUGCCUGGAAUAAGAGGUAAAGAUGGUGAACAAGGUUUAAAAGGAGAACCUGGUAUGAAGGGAGAUGCCGGGAUAAAAGGUGAACUAGGAGAGAAAGGACAGAGGGGCAGUACAGGACUUCCUGGCCGUAUUGGAGAUUCUGGAAAAAAAGGAGAGACUGGAUCACCUGGAAAAGAUGGUAUUGAUGGCAAGAAAGGAAACAAAGGUGAACUUGGGCAGCCAGGACCACCUGGAAGUGCAGUUACAACAGUGGAUAACAGUUUACUUGUCAAAGGAGAAAAGGGAGACAAUGGAGAGGUAGGCUCUCCAGGGAAUUCAGGCUUGAAAGGAGAAAAAGGAGACUCUGGACCACCAGGCCCAAAAGGUCCAGAGGGGCGUCCAGGACCUCCAGGCAAUGCUUUGUUAGAAUCCGCUCCAGAAAAAGGAGAGAAAGGAGAAACGGGAAGUCCUGGCUCACCUGGGAAAAAUGGAAUGGAUGGCAAAGAUGGAAUCCAAGGAACAACUGGAAAAAAGGGAGAGCCUGGAGAGAAAGGAGUGCCUGGAGAUAGUGGAAAAUCGAGUGCUAUAGGGAUAAAGGGUGAUCGUGGUGAUAUGGGACCAAUGGGGCCUCCUGGGCCACCUGGACCACAGGGUUAUCCAAGGAAAAAUGUAGAAAUGAAGGAUUUGGAGUUGUUGUUAGAAUCAUAUGGUAUUAAGUUGAAUCUCCUGAAGGAACUAACUGACCAUCUCAUACAAAAUGGAGUUGAAGAUUUUUUUCAGCAUUUCUCAAGCUCUAAGAAGGAUCGGACUGCAAAGAAGAAGCAGAUUUUAAAACAUACAGAAAACAAUAUUGGUGCUGCAAUACAUGAAAUUUCUAAUGAAACAGAAGAUGAGGAUUUAAAUUUGAGAACAAUUCCAGAAGACACCUUAACAGUCGGUGGUACUGAUAUACAAACACAGGAAGCAAAUGAUGGCAAAAAGCAAAAGAAGAAGAAAAAAACUGAUUCCCAGCCUAUUAGUGUUAUAACAAAUGUGGUCACAGAGGAGCAGGAAGAAAACAGAGAAGAGCAUGGUCUUCAGUUUAAUAUAGAAGAAAGCAACCCAUUACCAUUACCUACUCAGAUACCUACUACUGUAGAUGGGCGUAGGCUACUCAUUGUAACCCAAACUGCUGCACAAUCUGGGCAACCUAGUAGGAAACAGGACAAGGAAUCUCGAAAAGAGAGUAAGACAAAAAGCCGCCUGGAAAAAGCAAUAACCGACACAAGACUGAGAAAUACGUUGUCUGAGGAGAGUAAUGGAAAUGAUGGUGAAAUAAAGAAGAACAUUGUGCAACCCACCAUCACGGCAACAUCUACUGCAACGGUGUUAAAUUUAACAGAGGAAGAUAUUACCCAUGGGAUUUCUCCUGACCAAAGUACAAUAAUAGAGACUGAGACAAAAGUUCCCCUAAAGGCAACAAGAAAAGGCAAGAAAGACAAAAAGAAAAGUAAUCAUGCUGUAGAUAUAUCCACAGAAUUUAUUGAUGAACAAGAAGUGAGUGUAAACUAUACAUUAUGGGCAGAGUAUUCCGAGCAGGAUCUCAAGAAGGACACCAGACUAGCAAGUACACAGGAAAGCUUGGUAAUUGGAGAAAAUGUAAGCUCUACAACAACAGGCAUGAGUGAACAUGCAGAAGAAGACAGCCAGUUGCCAUUGCCUUCCAAAAAAGAAAAGGAAGGAAAGAGACUUUCAGGACCAAAGAGAGACAGAGCACAGAAGGGCGAACCAGGAGAACAUGGAGAUCCUGGUGUUCCUGGUCAGAAGGGAGAAAAAGGAGAUGUUGGUGAAAAUGGACAAAAGGGAGAGCCAGGAGUUGGUCAUAGAGGCCCAGUGGGUCAGGCUGGACCUCCCGGUACUAAGGGUGAGCCAGGGGAGCAGGGACUCCCAGGAGUACAAGGAAUCCAAGGCAUCCUAGGAAACCCAGGUAUUUCAGGAUCCGUGGGUGAAAGAGGAGAAAUAGGACUGCCCGGUCCUCCUGGCCCAUCGGGAGAACGCGGAAAAAGGGGCAAGAAUGGCAACGCUGGACCACCAGGAGUCCCAGGACCUAUUGGAAAAGAGGGAAAACAAGGAGCCCCUGGCAUCAAGGGUGAGAAGGGUGAAGGAAUUGUUGGGGAGCCUGGUCCUAGAGGUCUACGUGGGUUUCCUGGGCUAAGAGGAGAAAAUGGAAUUCCAGGAAUAUCCGGGCCGGCUGGAAUAAUGGGCCCAAAAGGACUUCCAGGUGUGAAAGGUGAAAGAGGGGGCAGAGGAUUGUCUGGUUUCAAAGGAGAAAAGGGGGACCCAAUGGUUUUAUUUGGAACUCCAGGAUACAAAGGAAGCAAAGGAGAAUCGGGUAUUAGAGGAUAUCCAGGUUUUGAUGGAGAUAAAGGCGAAAAAGGAGAAGAUGGACCACCAGGAGAGAAAGGUAUUAAGGGUGAUGCUGGCUCUAAAGGAUCUAUGGGACUAUUUGGUGCAAGGGGACCUGUGGGACAGAAGGGUAAACCUGGUGAACCCGGGCUUCCUGGAAAUGCAGGUACAGCAGGACUUAAUGGGAGGAAUGGACUUAAAGGAUCCAAAGGAGACAGAGGUCUACAGGGACAAAAAGGAGAACCGGGUGAAAAUGGCAAUUCUGGAUUGCCAGGAGACAUUGGGAAAAAAGGAGACAAGGGAAUGUUAGGGUUUCCAGGCAAAACAGGAGAACCUGGGAUAAUAGGUGGUAAAGGUGAAACUGGAGCACAAGGAAGCCCUGGACUAGCAGGCUCUCCAGGAACUGCAGGAGCGAAGGGGGAUGAAGGAGAGAGGGGAAUUGAUGGACCUCCCGGAGAUGUUGGAGAUAAAGGAGAUAAGGGUAUUAAAGGAUCUCUGGGCUUAAGUGGAUUCAGGGGACCAAUUGGACACCCGGGACAGAAUGGGGCUCCUGGGCCACAAGGACCUACAGGACCAAAAGGAAAUUCAGGAUUAAAGGGUGAGAAAGGAAAAAGAGGAAAAUCUUUGCCAUGUCCACAAGUGGAUCCAGGAAUACCAGGAAUAAAGGGUGAAAUGGGAGAAGAUGGAACUGAGGGUUUUAAGGGUGAAAAAGGAGACCCUGGACUUUCUGAAGAAGAUGUGAAAGACCUUGUCAAAAGGGAACUGAUUGGAAAGUGUGGCAAGGAAUUCCGUCUAAUAAUGAAGUCCUCAAACCUAGAUGAAGGAUAUGAAGACAAUGAAAACGUUGGUGAAGAGGUGAUCGAGUCCCCUGAGGGUAGUGUGACUGAAAAUGAAAUAGAAGCUACCCAAUGGAAUGAAACCCUUAAUACCACACAAUCUCCAAGCACCACAUCUCCACAGAAACAAGAAGAGGGAAGUAAUAAAAAGCUGAGAAGGAAGCGUCAUUCUGGAAUAAUGUCUGAAGGUCCUUGUUUAGAACCUAUGGAUGAAGGAUUUUGUUCAAAAUAUAUCUUGCUUUGGUACUAUAACUUGAAAGUUGAUGAGUGCCGUCCAUUUGUUUAUGGUGGUUGUGGAGGAAACCAUAAUCGCUUUAAUAGUAAAGAGAAGUGUGAAUGGAGAUGUAAAACAAAAGCAGCUUCUGUUACUGAAAAUCUUGAGGUGGAGACUAACUCAAACUGUGCACAGUUUGGGCCUAGAUUCAGCAAACCUGAAGGAAGCCCACAUUUCACAUUUAGACAUUUUAGAGGGGUCUCCAAUCUUAAGGUCGAUCCCAGUCCUAUACUGCAUGGACCUUUUCGGGAUCCAUCCGAAAAACUGAGGAAGAAAGCAGUGAUGGCUUCACCUAAGGACCCGGAGACCCGUAAAUCGGUCUCAAAGAGGAAGCAUCUGGCCUGCUUUGACUGCAGUACGCUGCUGGAUGACAAUUGUCCUUUGUCGAGGUGUGAGGCUUUCCGUAGAUCCCAGUCGGCCACGGAACCCACCAUGCAGAAAAUGUACCAGUGUGUCAAGGGAUAUGUGGAUAAUUCCAUCAAGGGCGUGGUUAACCUGCUGGACAAGAGGCUUCCUGCCGCUACUCAAGCUCCCAUGGAUACCUCCGCGCCUGUGGAAAGACCCGCCACAAUUUCUUGA